AUGUGCAAAUUCUCCAGCUCUGCACUAAACUCAGAUACACAGUCGGAGAAUGCAACCGUAGAUCUGGAAGUUUCAACUGCUGCCACCAAGCCAUCCCAUUCUGUACAUCCAGGACCCGAACUGGAGGAGUCACGAAGAAAAGCGAGUGGAUCAUCUCUAAGUGUAAAGACUUACUCAUACUCUUCGCCUAGUUUGACAAUACCAGAAUUGGUGCGUACACUUGGUAUUGCUGGUGUCAGUACGUUUGGCCGGCUCAGCUUUCGCACAGCAAAGCGCAUACUGUACGAACUUCGGAGGAGAUUUGAGGAACAAAAACUUGAAUACCAAGCGGUAAUGUCAGUCUGUCGUAGACAAGGUUCCUGGAGGACGCAUGGCAGUGGCAGAAUCAGUAAAGUCAUCAAUAGCAAGACUCGCAACUCCAUGGGAAAAGCCACUACGCAUAUAAGAAAGCAGAAAGAGGAGAAACCUAGCUCCAAGGCAAAAAAGUCAAAAGCACCCUUGAUCCGCAAGUUAACCAUCCCAACCGAGCAUGACCCGGACGCACUCAGUAAAACAUUCCGCAUCCUAGCCUUCCAAGCCGCCCGUCUAGCAGAAGAAGCCGGCGCAACCCUCUCCAGCAUCCAACACCACCGAUUGCGUACACAAGUCAAACACCGACGCUCUCUAUCCCGCGCUCGACACGUCCGUCGUCUCCACGCUCCACGCCGCAGGAAAUUUGGCACAAAAAUCCGCUACCAUAAGAGCAACGUCGGCGCAGACCCUACGAUAAGAAAACUUCGCUCUAAGCGCAAUUCUGUGCCUGAGAAACGCAAACCCUCCAUCAAAAAACGUGCUUCACGACCCCGAGUGAGGCGCGUAAGCAUCCCCAUCCCCAUCAAACGCCACGAAUCCUUCUUCAUAGGGACGAUACGGUACCCCGAUGGUGCGAGGGCGAAAUUCAAACGCCGUUUGCCAUCUCGUUCGCAUGGCUCGUCUGCGCGGGGGAGGACCAGGGGCACAGUGCUGAGACGGGUGCCGGUAGAGUGGCGGGCUACUGAUAUGGCGGUGGCGGUGAAACGGAGAGAGGAGGCGAGGCGGUUAGCGGCUACGGUGGAGGGGUGGCUUAGUGGUGGAGUUGAAGCUAAGAAGUGA